UGCUGAUUGCCACGAGCUACAACAGGCCCAGCAUAAGGGCGCCGCGGCUCAAGAAAACCUGCUGCAUAAAUGCUUGGGCUCAGGAAAGGAAAGCACCGAGUUGUAGGAUUGAAUGCCGCGGUUGUCGAGUGAACAGUAGCCCGUGCUCGUCCCACGAAAGUGUUUAUAAACGGUGAAAAGUAAAAAAAUGUCGUACAUUCUUCGCAGUGUACCGGAUUGAACAUACCCCCGCGGUGAAUUACUGAUAACAGCUGCUGUGCCCCACGCCAUACACGUAGGCGGGUUUGUGCUGUUGAACCGUGCGCCAAAGCGGAAGUGCCUCCUGUAGUUGGUGCAGUGAGUACGGUGCUAUGAAAUUAGGCCACUAUUUCGAUUCCAGUGGUCGCGCUGGCGUUGUAGUCGGGGACAAUAUGCAUGGAUAAAGCUGAAGCAACUUGUACGCUUUUCCACAGCACCACAACUUUCCACUGAGAACAACUCCGUGCUUGGCGUACAGAUCUAAUAACACAAGGUGCCGUUUUCGAUGUGAAAAUGACCUUCCGUCGUGUUCGGUUAUCCCUUCUUACAAUAUGGAACAUCUUUCUGGUGCUGCCGAUUGUUUCGUCGGACCAUGACUACAUGCCAGGCUAUCACCGACGGCUUCAUCCGGCAUCGUACACAAACAAAGAUGUUCAAGAAAUAUCCGAUGGCGUGGUAAAAACGAUCAACAUAUUAAUAGAAGAGCAAGCGAGACGCCGAUUCCUGGAGCAUCUACAGCAACUUCGCGCCAGUGGCAGUAACAGUCUUCCUGCGCCGUCUCAUCGUGGUCAGGACGAUAUAUCGGAACAUCAUCGCCCAACCUACAGCUACCAAUUGCCGCUCAGUAACCAGAUUAAUCCAAAUGAACCAAUUCACUUUGCCGUUGGUCCAAACGAUCCAAGGUACUAUGAUAAGACCGAUGAAAUGCUUUCUGGCGAAAGCUUGGAGUCAGUUGGCAUAUACCCACAAGAUGAUCAAAAAGGAUCGUCCGCGAAUGAAGGUGGAAACGCUCGUCUUUCUGCACCGCUACUACCAAUCCAACCUAAGAUUGGUAAAGGAGGUCACGGUCGGAAUCGUACCAAUUCAGCAGCUAGUGUGGGGAUCGAAAACAGCAUUACGGAUCGCACCAAUUCCAAUGCAGUUCUGCAGCAACCGGUGGAACUCGGUAACCGAUUCGGCAUGUACCUUAUUGCCAUGAUAGCCGGUGUAAGUGCGGCCGUUACAGUCGCUCUGAUAUCGGUCGCUUUUGGUUGGUACACGCUACACAAGCGGAAUAAGGCGGCUGCCGACGUGGAAUAUCCGGCUUACGGUGUAACCGGUCCGAAUCGCGACUCAUCUGCUGCCACUGCAGCCGCUGCUGGUGACCGCAAACUGGCACAGAACGCCCAAAUGUAUCACUACCAACACCAAAAGCAGCAGAUUAUUGCAAUGGAAAACACCACCCGCAGCUCAAUCCACUCAGAGCAGCCGAGUGAGGAUGAGAAUGAGGAAGGUGAUUACACCGUCUACGAAUGUCCUGGAUUGGCACCGACGGGCGAAAUGGAAGUUAAAAAUCCGCUCUUUCUCGAAGAUGCUCCUGGAGGAGGAAUGCCGCUACAAUCUUCGCUCAGUGCUGAUGGUCCUGCAGUUGGUGUGCAAUAUAUAGAGAAAGCCAUUCAACCACAAACUCGCACCAAUAAUAAAUAAUUCGUUGAGGGUGUGUGAAAACGGUCCACUGACCAGUAGCUUGGCAACUUCCAUUCUCAGUUCUAUCCAUAGCUGUGUGGAGAGCGCUUUCUAGAAACGCUAAGCCAUCCAAGUUUGUCUACCAAUCCAAGUUUUUUUAAUUUAAAAAAUUUAUAAUUCAAUCAGCACAUCACUUUGUACAACAUUUUGUUUUAACAGUUGCUCUCUUCGAAGGCCUAAACUAGCAUUGGUUACAUUAUCUCAUAUGUUUUGUUUCUUUUGCUUCAACUGAUACAUGCCUUUAUAUCUUCAACGAUUCGAUUGCCUAAAUGCAUUGUCAUGUAAGAUGAUUCUCAAAGAUUCAGAGCUAUUUCCACGAAUCAAUAUGACAAUUAUGGGAUAGGUGGAAUAAUCAUAAAGAGGAAUACAUUGGACGAGUAGUAAAAACCAAUGUUGAAUUAUGCAGUAGCACAGAAAGAGCGCGUGUAAAGAAAUAUUCCCACGCACCCACACACAAACAUACACACAUACAUAACCACACACAGGUAUGUUUAUUAGUAUAUAAAUAUAUAUACAAUUAUAUAUAUAUAUUCAUAUAUCAAUGUUAAUGAAAUUGUAUGAAAUCAGAGAUUUAUUCUUGUCAGUCAUUGUGCAAUUAUGAGAAGAAAGUGAAGAAGAAACGGGAAGCACAGCGACGAUCCCAUAGAAAAUGUGCAGAGAAACUAUUGUUGCAAGUGAAGAGGCUAUAGUCAAAUCAAACGAUGGAAUAAGGUGGAUAGAACGCAAGGUAAAUCAUUGAAAAAAGGGAUGAUUGUGAUAGAUAAAAGGGAACGGAGAGAUAUCGGAAAGGUUAUUUUAUGAUCCAAUCUAGAAUAGUACCAAAGACGGACGAGGUCUGCAUCCUGAACCACUACUAACUUAAAGUGCAAUAUGGCAUCACGAACAAAGUGUCCGUGGCUAUUCAUAACGCAAGCAGCGCGCACGCAGAAGUUGUCUUAACAAAGCACUUCACAAUUGAACGUCUAUUAAUCACGAUCCUAUGAUGAGCAGUGGUACAGUGCUAUUGCCACGGGGAGCACCUUUUAAACAAACAAACAAAAAUAUCUGCUCUCUUAUCAUUUCGAUUCAGGCAAACCUAAACCUUUAUCUCUAACCAGCAAAGAGUACAGCAACAAUCAAUCCUCUCGAUCUCCCAUAGUUUAAAGUGAUGCUCUUGCUAGAGUAUAUAUUUGAUAAAAUUGUCUACUUCUGGAAACAUUUAUUGGUGAAAAUAAUAAAUAGCAUCAAG